AUGUCUGCAGCAACCUUCCAGAGCUCCUUCAGUGUCACACACAUUGGCACUGCCACGGCCAUUUUUGAAAUCGACAAAGUCAAACUUCUUACCGAUCCGUUUUUCUCGCCAGCCGGUACACAAUGGGAUAUGGGCGGUGGCAACGUUCUAGAGAAUACCGAAACCCCUGCUCUCGGUCUCGAAGACUUGCCCGCCAUCGACGCUAUUCUCCUUAGCCACGAAGACCAUCCUGACAAUCUAGAUAGUUUCGGUCGCCAGCUGCUGAAUGGCCGUCACGUAUUCACUACUGUGGACGGCGGAAAGAAUCUCAGCCCUCGCCCGGCCGUUCGUGGCAUGAAGCCAUGGGAAACCGUUUCUGUGAUGCUUGGAGGCAAAAAGUAUGAGAUCACUGCUACACCAUGUCAACAUUUACCUGGAGGCGAAUGCACCGGGUUCAUCUUGACUACACCGGAUUUUGGCGCCAGCGCUGACGGUCGCCCUAAUGCGAUCUAUUUCACCGGCGACACCGUCUAUAUCGAUGAACUCGCUAAGAUUCCUGAGAAAUUCCACAUUGCGGCUGCUGUCAUGAAUUUGGGUGCGGCUCAUGCCGCUCUUCCCGACGGACCAGUUCAAAUUACCAUGGACGGCAAGCAGGCUGCUCAUCUUUUCCGCACUAUCAAGGCGGACUUCCUCGUGCCUAUGCACUACGAGUCAUGGGGUCAUUUCACGCAGUUUGGUCAGGAUCUGAUAAAAGUUUUCAAGGAAGAGGGGAUCUUUGACAAAGUCUGUUGGCUCUCACCUGGAAAGUCUGUAAAGGUUUUCUAA